AAAAUAUAUAAAUAAAAAAGGAGGGAUGAGAACAUGUGGUAUGUUUCCUUUUUAUUCAAUUUUUUCUCAUCAAUCCUUUUUAUUUUAUUUUUUUUCCGCACUAUCUCAACAUUUACAUUUCGAAUGCGCGCUCCGGAAAAAAACACGACUCAGCAGCAGCAACCUCUUUCCCCAAGUCUGGCCAAAGCGUCUGCGCUGCAGCUUCCUCCGCCGUCUUACGACGAUGUUGCUCUAGACAUUCAAGCUGAGCACAUUAACAACCAACCAUCACCCUCCUCCUUUCCUCAAUACACCGCCCUCCCCGACACACUUACUCACGACACCGCACAACCACUACCCUCCUCUGCAGCAGCAGCAAACGAAGUCGAGCCACUUAUCGGCUACCAACAUAUCCACCCAGCAAACACAUCCCCCGGCCACCAUCCAGCGCAAGUCACCUCACUAUCAUUGCGCGAUUUCUUUGCAUCCCUCGAGUACAAGAGAUCCUCCAAGGGGUACUCGUCAUCAGACCAGUGGCUGAACACAGACCCGGCGGCUCUACUGCGGUUUAUCAGCGAGUGCAAUGAGCGCCCGCGCGUCAACAUUGAGGUCAAGGGCACGCACACGGAGAACAAAGUGGUGGAGAACUUUAGCACAGGGGAAAAUGGACAAACACGGCGAGAAUCACAUACGCAGCAAGAGAGCAUCGUUGAUUUCCAAUUUUCUUUGGAAUUGACAUCGUAUAUACAUGAGCGAGGCACCCUGUAUACUGCACGUGGAAGUGACGGGGAGCCUGUGGAUUUGCAGGGCGUUCUGGCGGACUAUAUCCGGACGGAUAAUUUUUUGAAGGAAAUCAAGGUGCAGAAGAAGGCGAUUUGGGACUACGAACUGGUUCGCAGGGAAAUGGUGGCGUUUGUUAAGAGCACCGGGUAUCCACAUACGGUGACGGUGUCGUUUCCGAUGGAUAAUGAUCGGAUUGUUGUGAGGUCGCAUGGGAGGGCUGCGCAAAUUUGGAGACAUCCGGUUACUAAUUUCUUGUGCGUCAUUACCUGUGCUUGCCUGGUCGGGUGGCCGAUGAGGUAUUUUUCGGUGCGGAAGUGGAGAAAUAAAGUUAUGAGUGACUUUGCUGUUUUGGUAUCGCCAAAGGAUUUCAUUGAUCGCAAUUCGACGUUUAUCCGCAACCAGGUGUCGUGGACCAACCGGCCGUUUUCUGUGUUUGCAACAAUGGGCGAAUAAGCGAUAAAUUUAUUUAUUCAUUUUCGAUAUUAAAUUUAUUUAUUUUU